GGAGUUUGAGUGGGAGAUAGGGACUAGCGUGCCCCCAUCACAGCACAGGGACCAGGCACCGGAGAACAGACCCUCACGCCCCUGCCCUCCCCACCGACUAACACAGCUACCCCGCCGCCGAACAAGUCCGGCUGCAACACCCGGUUAACAAUCAGCCAGCACCGGGCAGUACACAGGCGACUGCCCUGUACCCCGCGGUCCGGAGGGAAAAAAACAGCUUCAAAACUGUUGCACCACGUUUUAAAAGUGGACCUUACGCCGCCUUACUUAUUGGACAUGGGCGAUAUGGGGGAUCCACCGAAAAAAAAGCGGCCGAUCUCGCUGUGUGUUGGCUGUGGGCACCAGAUCCAUGACCAGUAUAUUCUGCGGGUCUCUCCGGACCUCGAGUGGCACGCUGCCUGUUUGAAGUGUGCAGAGUGUAAUCAGUAUCUGGACGAGUCCUGUACAUGCUUUGUCCGAGACGGGAAAACCUACUGUAAAAGGGACUAUGUCAGGUUAUACGGGAUAAAGUGCGCUAAAUGCAACAUCGGUUUCAGCAAGAAUGACUUCGUGAUGAGAGCGCGCUCCAAGGUGUACCAUAUCGAGUGUUUUCGGUGUGUGGCCUGCAGCCGACAGCUCAUCCCGGGGGACGAGUUCGCUCUCAGGGAGGACGGCUUGUUCUGCCGGGCCGACCAUGACGUCGUGGAGCGGGCCACAAUGGGCGCCGGAGACCCACUCAGCCCCCUCCACCCGGCCAGACCUUUACAAAUGGCAGCAGAACCAAUAUCAGCCAGACAGCCCGCGCUCCGACCGCACGUCCACAAACAACCGGAAAAGACCACUCGCGUCCGGACGGUCCUUAACGAAAAGCAGCUCCACACGUUGCGGACCUGCUACAACGCCAACCCCAGGCCCGACGCUCUAAUGAAGGAGCAGCUAGUCGAGAUGACCGGCCUCAGUCCCCGAGUCAUCCGGGUCUGGUUCCAAAACAAGCGCUGCAAGGACAAGAAGAGGAGUAUUCUGAUGAAACAGUUACAGCAGCAGCAGCCGAACGACAAAACGUUUCUCUGGGACUAUCUGCAGAAUAUCCAGGGAAUGACUGGCACUCCGAUGGUGGCGGCCAGCCCGGAGAGACACGACGGUGGUUUGCAGGCUAACCCAGUGGAGGUGCAGAGUUACCAGCCGCCUUGGAAGGUCCUCAGUGACUUCGCGUUACAGAGUGACAUGGACCAACCCGCGUUUCAACAACUGGUCCAUUUCUCGGAGGGGGGCCCUGGAUCCAACUCGACAGGGAGCGAAGUCGCCUCCAUGUCAUCCCAACUUCCGGACACACCCAACAGCAUGGUCUCGAGCCCUAUAGAGGCAUAGGGGCCUCGCGGACCGACUGUAGACUCCGUCAGACUACGUCAUAUUUCUGACUGAUGAUGAAGUGAUGUUAGUUGGGCAAAGGGCGGACUGACUGAAAACGGAAAAAUUGACUUGGGGUUGAAAGAAACAAAAUGUCACUCUCUUGUUGAUUUCAUUCAAACUGAGAGAUAAAAGAGAAUCCUCCUCCUCCAACUGCACGAAGCCUCUUUAACGACGAAACAACCCCCUGGUUGUAGUUUUACACUGUGAAGACAAUCAUGGAUUAUUACCCUACCUAGAUCUGUCCAUAUGUCCGUCAUACGUCCGUCUGUCCACCCGCCGCAAAACAACCCCCGGAGAAGAUGAAAGGAGAGGACAAUGGCGUGGUCUAUGGGCUCUAUUCAAUCUGUAUUGCCGAAGCGUUACGGAUUGCGUGAUGUACAUUUAAAGCUAAUUUUCUAUUGAGCCGACAUAUGCAGCUUUGACCACGAAUGCAGUCUCCGCUAACGCGGGAACGUCGCCUUUAACGUUCAGUCGCGCUACACGGAUUGAAUAGAGCCCUAGAAGAAGAAGCGUGUUUCCAGGAGCGGCGGAGAGCGCAUCUGCCUGCACCAUAACGUGUCUGCGACUCAUGCAUAACGAGAUGUGUAGAUCUCACUACGUCAUCCAUGACUGGUGCUGCCGGGUGGAAACGCCUGGGUUACAGUUUUGCAACAAAAAAACAACAAAAAGAUAUACAAAGAAAUACAACACCAUACAUAUACUUCGACAAAAUGCUGGACCAAUGGACCUCUAGGAAAAAUAUGAACUUUGUCAAUGAAGAUGAAAUCUGAUUCUACAUUUGCGCGUUGUCGUGCAUAGUGUUUGAAUAUACAAACAAAUGACUGACUGUCUGUCUGGCGAUUCUGUUUCUAUAAAAUAACUUGACCUGAGAUUCGCCCCCCCUGAAAUGAUGCCGUUUGGAGGGUAUUGCAAAUAUUGCUAUUCAAUUGUUUUGUUAUUAUCUCCUUGGUAAAGCCCAAGUAGGUCUACUAAAGCAUUGCAACAAGGUAUACCUCUAUUACGUCACAAGCUACGUGGGACCUUUAUGUGUGAGUUUGUGUCCAUUCAAUAUUUUUUUUUUUCUUUUCCAAAGAUGUGUAUAGUUAUAAGUUAUAAUGACCGUUUUUUUUUUUUUUUUUUCCCUGUUAAACAAAAUUAUUUAUU